UUCGCGGCCCGGGAUGGCGGCGCGGCCGCUGCGGGGCCCUUGGCUCUGAGGGUCCCGGGGGGGCUCGGGGGGGUCCCGGGGCGGCUCCCGGGGGUCCCGGGGGGGUCCCCGGGCAGGCGGCGAUGGCGGAGCCGCUGCUGCGCCGAACUUUGUCCCGCCUGAGGCGCCGGGAGCGCCGCGGAGCCGGGAGGGCGGAGGCCGAGGAAGGAGGAGGGUCCCGCGAGGAGCCUCAAAAUGAUCGUGUGGAGCCCCAAAAUCAUCGUGUGGAGCCCCAAAAUCAACGCGUGGAGCCCCAAAAUCGCCGCGAGGAGCCCCAAAAUCAUCGUGAAGAGCCCCAAAAUCAUCGUGAAGAGCCCCAAAAUGAUCGUGUGGAGCCCCAAAAUCGCUUCGGAGAGCCCCAAAACCUUAACGAAGAGCCCCAAAACCUUAACGAAGAGCCCCAAAACCUUAAGGAAGAGCCCCAAAGUCACCGCGAGGAGCCCCGAGCGCGGCGGCCGGAGCCCGACGGGGCCGAGCCCUGGGAAGAGGCGGAGGCCGGGAGCGGCCCCCCGGUUUUGGGGGGUCCCGGGAGACCCCCCGGGCCCGGCGCGUACCUGCAGAGCCUGGAGCGCAGCAGCCGCCGCUGGGUCCUGGCCGGGAAGGGCGCGGAGGACGCGGGGGCCACCGGGCACGGCGACAGCGGCGCGGCACGAGGGGACAUUUGGUACAACCCCAUCCCCGAGGAUGAGGAUGACGAGGGGACCCGCGGGGAGGGGACCCCGAAGGGUUUGGGGACAACGGAGGGACACGGAGACCGCGGAGAGGAGGCGGGAGCCGGGCGGGGACAGGACAGCGGGAAGCCGCCGGAGCCCCCCUCGCCCCCCGGCAAGGGCCGCCCCCUCCCCAAGUGCAAAUCCCCGGGCCCGGUGCGGCGCCUCUCGCUCAAGAUGAAGAAGCUGCCGGAGCUGCGGCGGAAGCUGAGCCUGAGGAACCCCCGGCCCCGCGACCCCGAUGGGGCUGGGGGCUGCCCCUCGCCCCCCGAGUCCCGCCGGGAGUCCCGGAACGUCAUCAGCCGCUACCACCUGGACAGCAGCGUGGCCUGGGCGCUGCCCCGCGGGGGCUCCGGCCGGGCCGGACACCGCAGCGACGGCGACUCCCCGGAGCUGCCGGCCCGGCCCGCCCGCCCCGGGGGUCCCGGGGGUCCCGCGGAGCCCGGCUUGGAUCUGGGGGCGUUCCGGCCUUACGAGGACCCCGCCGCGAGGGGCUCGGCCGUGCUGUCCGGGCUGGUCAGUGUCCAGCUGCGGGGGCUGCGGCCGGCCUGGCCGGAGCGGCUUUUCUGCGUGCUGCAGGUGGACGGAGCGAGCCGCGCUCGGACAGCGCUGCUGGCCGGAGGGGCCGAAUUCCUGCGGCUUGACCACUGCUUCAACCUGGAGCUGGAGCGGGCGCGGCUGCUGAGCGUGGCCGUGCUGGCCUGGGACGGCUCGGCCGGCAGGAACCGCCUGCUCUGCCACGGCACCGUGGGGCUGGCGCGGCUCUUCGAGGGUGGCCGGUCACAGGCGCUGGCGCUGGCGCUGCGGCCGCGGGCCGUGCUGUUCUGCCGCCUGUCGCUGUCACCGUCGCUGUCGCCGUCACCGUCGGAGCCGCGGGUGGCCCCGGGCCCGCGAGUGUUCGGCGUGGAGCUGUCGCAGCUGGUGGCACGCGAGGGACACCCGGGACAGGUCCCGCUGCUCGUGCUCAAGUGCCUGGCAGAGAUCGAGCGGCGUGGGCUGGCGGUGGUGGGGCUGUACCGGCUCUGCGGCUCGGCCGCGGCCAAGAAGGAGCUGCGGGACGCCUUCGAGAGGGACAGCGCGGCCGUGGCGUUGUCCGAGCGGCUCUGCCCGGACAUCAACGUGGUCACCGGGAUCCUGAAGGAUUUCCUGCGGGAGCUGCCGUCCCCGCUGGUGCCGCCCCGGCUGCAGCGCUCGGUGCUCGAGGCCAUGGCCCAGAGACCCCCCCGGGACCCCCCCGGGGACCCCGCGGCGCUGCUGGAAUGCCUGAGACCCCCGGAGAGGGCCACCCUGCGGCGGCUGCUGUCACACCUGAGCCUGGUGGCCGCGCUGCAGCGCUGGAACCGCAUGGGCAGCCAGAACCUGGCCGUGUGCUUCGGGCCCGUGCUGCUGCCCCCGCACACCUGCGCAGGUGAGGCCGCACGGCCCCGGGGCCAGCAGGGCCAGCAGGGCCAGCAGGGCCACCCCCCGGGCCAGCAGGGCCACCCCCCGGGCCAGCAGGGCCAGCAGGGCCAGGAGCCCGCAGAGGACGCGGCCGGAGCCGUGGAUUUCAAGCAGCACCUGGAGGUGCUGCAUUACCUGCUGAGGGUGUGGCCAGUCCCCCCGCUCCCUGCCUGGGCUGAGACUCCCCGGGGUCGCCCCUCGGCGCUGGCCCUGAGUGACGCCCCCGUGGUGGCCCCGGGUGACCCCCCGGUGGUGGCCCCGGGUGACCCCCCGGUGGUGGCUCCGGGUGACCCCCCGGUGGUGGCGCGGUCGCGGCCGAGGGGUCCCGAGAGCCCCCCCAGCAACCGCUACGCGGGGGAUUGGAGCGUGUGCGACCCCCGGGGAGCGCCCGGGGACAGCGACGGCGACACCGCGGGGACAGCGCCCCAAGUCCCGCCCCAAAGCCCAUCCCAAACCCUGCCCCAAACCCUGCCCCAAAUCCUACCCCAAAACUCGUCCUGGAUUCAAACCCGGCCCCCAGCCCAAAGCCCGUCCCAAAUCGCGCUCCAGACCCCGCCCCAGAGCCCGCCCAGGUCCCGGAGCCCUCCCCAAAACCCGCCC